AUGCCCCAACGCCUGUUAACCUUUCAUUAUCCUGCCUAUGCCCUCGUCCCCUGCCCUCAGUCACACGUAGGCGCGACCACUCGCGCAUGUCCUGCCCCGGCACCCUUCAUCCCCCCGUCUCCCCUAAUCCUUCUUCCCCUCCUCCUUGUCCCCCCGUCGCUAAACAGAGUUAGUCCCACAAUCAUCCCUUGUCCCAUGAGUCACCCUCGCAUUUGCAUGGUGGUCCCAGUAACUUGCGAGUGGGGCCACCCCUCUUUCCCAUUUUGCGUCUUAACCGUCACCCUUUUGACCGAGCAAUCGCCGUUCACAACCCCCACAUCCCUUUAUGCCCCCACUCCUGUGAACCCUGCGAUAUCAUUCCCAUCCCCUCGUCCCCUGCCCUCACUCACGCACAGGCGCGCCGCUCGCCCAUGUCCUGUGCCAGCUUGCGCAGCAGCAUGCGGCCUGCUAGAGGGGGAGAGGGGAGAGGGGGAAGGCGGAACGACUUAUAACCAGCUUGCGCUGCACCAUGCGAUCGAUCUGCUAUUGCUGGCACACAGCCCUCACACACCUCGUUGGGGAGGAGGGGGGGAUUUGGAGAAGCGGGGCUGGGAGAAAGGGGGAAGAACGGCUUCAAGUUAUGACCAGCUUACACAGCACCAUGCGGUCUGCUGGCAUGUGGUCCUCAUACACGGCAUGUGGCUGGCCACGUCCCCCUGCCUCGCCCGCACCUCGAGGAAGGCGUCUGCAAUCUUGCAGCGGGACCACCCGCUCUCACUCUCCAUGCCCAUCUGCCACCGCCGCUCCGCCUCCCCCUCCUCCCCCCUUCCCCCCCUCCCCACUCCCCUCCUAGCCAUCUCCCAGCCCUCUCCCUGGCCCCACAUCUCCCCUUCCCCACGCCCACGUCUCCCUGUCCCUCAACCGCACCUGGAGGAAGGCAUCGGCGAUCUCUUCGCAGGAGAACCCGCUCUCAUUCUCUAUUCCCAUCUGCCACCGCCGCUCCGCCUCGCGCGGGUUUGA